AUGUCGAUUAAUGAAAACCCUUCAGAACGUAUCGGCAGUCUCAUCGAUAAUGGUCGACUUGAAAUAACUCAUAUUCUUGGCGUUGGUGCUUAUGGUGUGGUUUAUGCUGCAAAGCAUGUUAAGAAUCAACGCAUGUACGCCGUAAAGUGUAUGCCAAAAGCAAAAAUCGAUGCACGACAACAUCGAUUACAUGCGACAGAGAUCAGUUUACAUGCUCAAGUUUCAGGUCAUCCAAAUAUUAUAAGUUUAGAAAAGGUUGUUGAUACCUCAGAUACGCUUAAUGUGGUGCUCGAAUACUGUCGUGAAGGUGAUUUGUUCUCAAUGAUCACCGAAAAGGGUGGAUAUCUUGGAAACGAUCAACUUAUCAAACAAGUUUUCGUUCAAAUACUUGAUGCUGUACAAUUUUCUCAUUUUCAUGGGAUUUAUCAUCGAGAUUUAAAACCUGAAAACAUUCUUGUCUUUGAUGGUGGAAGGACCGUGAAACUUGCUGAUUUUGGUUUGGCCACAACCGAUGUUUGGUCAAGAGAUUUCGGUUGCGGUUCAACGUUUUACAUGAGUCCAGGAGGAUUAAAUAAAAAAGUACGAGGGUAUGUCACCGCUUCUAAUGACGUAUGGUCAUUAGGGGUUAUCCUCAUUAAUCUUACCUGUGGUCGGAAUCCUUGGAAACAAGCUUGUCUUCGCGAUGAAACUUUUUCUGUGUUUUUGCGAGACCGUGAUUUUUUGAAGUCAAUUCUCCCACUUUCUGAUGAGCUUAAUGAAAUUUUAAAAGAUAUCUUUAAUCUUGACCCUGAGAAACGUAUUUCAUUGGACGAACUUCGAGAACGUGUACUUGCAUGUCGUAAUUUUACCGUAUCCGAAUAUGAUGAUACAUCCGAAUAUGAUACUUAUUAUAAAUAUUCGAACAAAAGUUACUACGACGAUGAAGCUUCUUCAACAUCCUCUCGCAAAUCAGAAUAUGAUACCUUUUGUAAUUAUUCGAACAAAAAUUAUGAUGAUGAAAUUUCUUUGAAAACCUCUCGCAAGUCACCUCAUCAUUCAUCUACAAAUUCUUCCGCUACUGCUUGUUCCUGGUAUUCAACAAAUUCUGAAAUGGAAUUUUCAACACCCACUUCGGAAUUCUUGGAAGAUUUCGACCGUU